AGAGCCAAACCACCUUUUGAGUCUCUCUCUCUCUCUCUCUCUCGCUCGCGUUUUUGGUGGAAUCUGGAACAGCAGACACCAGGUGGAGAUUCAUCGUUCUUUCUCUCAGCUCAGAAAAGAACAAAGCCAGGGAAUGCUGAAAGAUGUAUGUGAGUGUUCAGAAACCCUUCUCUGAAGCAGUUGAGGAUUUGGCCUUACCAGAGCUGCCUUUCUUCAUCCUUCAUACUUGGCAUAUGAAUUACAGUUCAUUUUCUUCCCAUGUCCAAAUGGACAACAGUCCUACAUGUUGUAAAAUGCCGGUUAUGUCAAUGAACAACCUGUGUGAAGACGGUUGACUUGCUUUGCUCCUCAAUACUCCUGCACUGUAGAUUAUAUUUGUCGAAUUAGCAGGAGCGAGUAUAGUGUUAUACAUAUUGGGAUUUUUAGCAUUGAAAUGGAUAACAAAGGGAGUGUGUUGAUGGAAAGAUAUGAGUUGGGGAGAUUACUAGGCCAAGGGACGUUUGCAAAGGUCUACUAUGCAAGAAGUCUCAAAACUGGGCAGAGUGUGGCCAUUAAAGUAGUAGACAAGGAAAAGGUUUUGAGAGUUGGACUCGUGGAUCAGAUCAAGCGAGAAAUAUCUGUCAUGAGACUUGUCAGACACCCUAAUAUAGUGCAACUUUUUGAAGUCAUGGCCACCAAAGCCAAGAUCUAUUUUGUCAUGGAAUAUGCUAAAGGCGGUGAGCUCUUUGAUAAGGUGGCUAAAGGAAAGCUAAAGGAGGAUGUUGCUCGAAAAUAUUUUCAGCAGCUGAUCAACGCUGUUGAUUUCUGCCACAGCAGGGGUGUCUAUCACCGGGAUUUGAAGCCAGAAAACUUGCUAUUAGAUGAGAAUGAGAAUCUGAAGGUUUCCGAUUUUGGGUUAAGUGCCUUUGCUGAAUCAAAGCGCCAAGAUGGGCUGCUUCACACAACUUGUGGGACCCCUGCAUAUGUUGCUCCUGAAGUGAUUAACAGGAAAGGCUAUGAUGGAGUCAAAGCUGAUAUUUGGUCAUGUGGGGUAAUACUAUUUGUUCUAUUGGCUGGUUAUCUUCCAUUCCAUGAUUCAAAUUUAAUGGAGAUGUAUAGGAAGAUAGGCAAAGCAGAGUAUAAAUGUCCCAAUUGGUUUCCACCUGAAGUACGCAGGCUACUGUUGAGAAUAUUGGAUCCAAAUCCAACAACUAGAAUCUCGAUCUCAAAAAUUAAGGAGAAUUCUUGGUUCAAAAGGGGAUUGAACUCUAAACCAAUAAAAACUGAUACAGUGAACAAAGAAAUGGCUUCUUCAAAUGCAGAUGCAGCUUCUAGUUCCUGUGGAAAUAGUGCUGUGGCUGCUCAAGAUAAACAAGAGUUAGUGAGGCUUUCAAACUUAAAUGCGUUUGACAUCAUCUCCCUGUCUGCUGGCUUUGAUCUAUCUGGACUGUUUGAAGAACCUUGUCUGAAAAAAGAAGCAAGAUUCACAUCCUGGCAACCUGCCUCAGUUAUCAUCUCUAAACUAGAAGAAGUUGCUAAACGUCUGAGACUAAAGAUGGGGAAAAAGGAUGGAGGGCUGCUAAAGUUCGAGGGAACAAAGGAAGGUAGGAAAGGAAUCUUGUCAAUUGACGCAGAGAUCUUUGAGUUCACUCCCUCCUUUCAUCUGGUGGAGCUCAAGCAAUCUAGGGGAGAUACAUUGGAAUAUCAGGAGCUGAUGAAAGAGGGUAUAAGACCUGGUCUUCAAGAUAUUGUUUGGGUUUGGCAAGGUGAGCAACACCCAGAGCAACCACCACAAGAACAGCAUCAGCAACAACUAUCACAGGACGAGUCACAACAACUAUGACCACAGAAGCAACCAACAAUUACAUAAACACCUGAUGCAGCAGGAGCAGUGACCUUCAUUGCCAAAGAUGGCAAAUUCUUCAAGUUUGUCUAUUCUAUACAUUUUCCUAAUCUUCCUUUCUUGUGAAUAGUUAUGAUUGUCUUUAUUUGUAUCAUUUCUCAAUCAAAUAAGCUUGUCC